AUGAAUCGACCACUCAUCAAACGACAAGCAGUAGUUACGAAUCUGAUUGUUGAUGCAUCACUUAAACAAUCUCACCAUGAUCAAUCUUCUUCACUCAAUAUUAAUCAAGAAUUCGUUAAUGAAUCUGAAGAUGAUGAUGAAUAUAAUUAUAAUCAUUUAUCAAUUACUUCUCUGUCAGUUUGUACAUCUCAAACUAACUCGCUAAUCAUUCUUCAAAAUGAAUCAAUAGUAGAAUUGACUAUCGAUAAAUCCUGCUAUAAUUCGAAUUUCACAGGAUCAAAUGAAAUUUCUUCUUCUGAAAAAUUAUCAUUGACACAACAACAUGAAGAUGAACCUGAUACAACUAAAGAAGACGAAGAAUCUUGUUCAAUUGUUAAACAAAAACGUACGAAGCAUUAG